UUUAAAGCGUUUCUUGCGUUCCCACUCGAGUCUCAAUCAUACGUGUAUUACAUUCAAGCGACACCUCCGCCGGCCCGCCAGGAAUAUUUGGAGAGAGUUGCCUAUCGCUGCUCGAAAUUGUGGCCAUUGGCAUGGAGGCGUGAAGGUGCGGGAUUUGCGUUUACGGCCUGCAGGCUGUCUGUAGUGGUCAUGAAGACAUCAAUUGGCGCCCCCCAGCAAAUUUCCGCAGCUUUCCACAGGCAGCAACGGAGGCUCCUGUGGAAGCCACAGUGGAUGCCUUCCAUUUUCCUAUGGGUGGAUUGGCCGCUGUGGAGUUUCCACUGGAGACGAUAAGCGAAACAACGGUUUCCCUCUGGUAAUUCAAAAAUCGACAACGAUAGAUUUCCACCCCGUCUUCGCUCGCGCAUGUCUCGCUCCCUCCUCUGUCCAGGAUCACUCCGCAAUUUGCGCCGCCUAAACCAAGAUCAGGUUGUAUUUAUCAUAGGCUAGAAAGCGAGUCAUGCGGCGACUGUCGUUAACGGCAAUGCCGUCGCGCCGACAAAAGCAGCAGCAGCGUACGAGCUUCAGCUCAGCUUGUGGCAAGUCCACGAGCAGUUUGCGCUCGACGAUCGGCAACUUCAGCAUGCUCUCGUCGUCUGCGGCCACAUCGGCGUCCUCGGAUUCGCUUACGUCGUUGUCGACUGCCUCCAGCUCGUAUGGCGGUCCCAUGGAGGACUACGACGACGUGGACGAGGAGAUCGAGAAUGAGGAGUGCUGUGAGCAAGGGUGGAUGUAUUGGAAACAGCGCGACGACUGUUGGCUCAAGAUGUAUGUUCGUCUUCGCAAUGAGUUGCUAUGGCUCUCGAAGGGCGCGGACGAUGUGGUGGCCGUCGUUCAGAUCGCAGUCGCGGGCGUGCGCGCCACCGACAUUGGCGGCAUCAUUGCACGCGGCCCCGCCGGUGAGAGCAUGGAGCUUUUCGCCUACGAGCGUGAUCGCACGCGGGACUGGAUAGACGCACUCUACGUCGCGGCUCAGCUUACUCAAUCUUACGAGCGCUCCGUGGCGGCUGAACCGGCGGAGACCGAGAUCUCACAUCAAGAGAUUAAGGAGGUGGAACAGGUGUACACAGGUACAUUGGUGAUCUACAACAAGGAGCAGAGGAAAGCCCCGUGGAAACAGUUUCUUUCUACCAAGCGACUGCGCGCUGCGUGCCGACGACGACUCGAGAAAUUCGUGGACCGCUUGGACACUUCCAAGCGGUAGAUUUUAACGUUCCGGGCCUGGAAAAAAAAGCAGCCCCGAGGAUGACCGUGGAAAGCGCCAAGAGGGUGGCGCAUGUAGCGAGCUCGACAGCUCGCACCCUAUUUAUCAUCAAUCCAAAAAAGUAAAACUUGUACUGUAACUGCACUGUUAUGCUGUCGU